GAUGAAUAGGCUCGUUAUCGAUAAGUUUAUUGUUCUCGAUUAAAAAUAAACGCCAAACAAAAGUAAAAAUUGCGCAGCCGCGCGCGCAGCGGCGCCGGCUCACUCCACGCAGUCCUACCGACGAGGCCUAACGUGUGCUGAGUUACUUUCACGCUCGCAUACAAAAAACCGCGGGUAACCUCUAGAAAUCUUGCACAUUUCAACGCGAUAACGAUAGUUUAUAAAAAGUUAUGAUGUGUUCAAAAAACGGUUAACAAAAUUUCGAACUUGGAACGUUUGGUAAAAUUUACGAAUAUAGUGCGCGUGAGUUUUCCUCGGGCGUCUCGCUUCCUGCUACCCUUCUUUCCUCUUCUGACUUAGCUUUUCGAGUUCCUUUAACUUUUACCGACUGCGAAAGUUUACAAUAUUUGCAUCAGUGCAGUGAAAACCAGUGUCAAUAACCGAGUGAAUAGUAAAGCGGUUGUACAGUUGAGUGUCGCUGGUAUACUAUGGGUAUAAUCUGGAGGUCCACAAUGCCAUUGUUGAGCACGCUGGCGGCCUUGGUGAUCAUCGUGCACUCCGCGGAGGAGGAGAUGAACCGAGGGCACAGGAGGGACCUGCGCCCUAGAGCCGUGGACACGGCCAGUUAUGAACAGCCUUGGAAGGCGAUAGACCACCCACCACCCCAACCACCAGAAACAGUGCACCAGCCAACCCGCCCUGAUGGCUGGAUCGAGUCUCUCGAGUUCUUAAGGUCGGUAGAAGAGGUGCCGCCACGGCGAAGACCUGUUCGGAAACGGAAACGCCGGCCGCUGCCUUAUCCAGACACGGAACCGCUCGAAAGACACCAAGAAAACAUACAAGCCGCGCUUACAGAGUUCCACGACCAAACAAUUGAUGCCCCGAAGAGAAGACGCAAAAGACCAGCUCACAUUAACUCCCACUUCACAGAACAACCAGCACUAGCCGGCGAUAAACCGCUACGAAGACGGGGUUUAAGAAAGAAACGUCCUGAUUACGAUGGACAGUUAGCUGAACCCAAUCAAGAUGAUUUUGACUUUGAGACAGUCGAUACCAAACUCGAUCAUCCUCAAUCAUUUCCUAAAUAUAAGCAAUUCGAUUACGACUAUUUAAACACAGAACAUGAUACGGAGAUCCCCCAAGCAAAGAUACGAUUAGAAACUGAUGUGAAUGAUCGACCUUACGAAUAUGAUAAUAAAUAUGAAACAUAUUAUAAUAGACCAAACGGUUCUGAAGAAAAAAACCAAUAUAGUAAUGGAGCAUCAGAAUCUGAAUCUAUGUCAUCAGUCGAACAUAAUCUUGAUAUACAUACAAAAAGAACAGAAGAAGCUGCAAAGGAAGAACCAAGAGCACAGAGUACAGAAAAUGCUACAUCCAAUCCAGAAAAGAAUUCAGGCAUUACGAUAAACAGACCAAAGGAAAUGGAAGCGAUUGGCCCGAUUAUGCUGAAACAAAUUUUGAAGAGAUCAAAUGGAUCUAGUUUGAGCGAAUUGUUGCAACAACACAAUUUGUCAUUGACAGAUUUGUUGCAAGGCAGAAAUGAAGCAAUUUCAGCACUAAAUGAUGGCGCUACAUACGAGCCUCAACAGUCUACUGAUAUUUCGUUGGAAAGUAACUUGGAAAACAAUGAAGAAGAAACCAAAUAUCCUACAAGAAGACAAACAUCAAAUGAAAAAAUUGCACCGACAGAAUCAAGUUCAGAUGAAGAUACAAAGGGACAUAAAAGUAAUGGAAAUACUAAAAAUGAUGAACCAGUUGCUAAUAAGGACGCAACUGAAACAAAAAAUCAAGAAUCAAAGCCAAGAAUAAGUACCAAACGACGUUUUCCUACCGGUAUUCGCAGAAAGCUAAGAAUGAGGCCAACGUUAAAUAGUACUCUUAAAGCUCAGUUAAGCAGAGAUUUAAUAGCCAUAAGUACAAGAAAGUACUCUAAUAAUAACAAGAACGUUACUAAAUCUAGAGAAUGGAAAGAUAUAGUACCUAUGAUGCCUGACCGAAGUAACACUGAUAAUAAUGAAGACAAUAAUGUCGAAGUUACAGAAAUCGCGCCAACAACUACAGAUGGUCCUGUUGAUACAACGACAUCUAGUUUGAAGAUUUCUAAUUCAUCCUACUCACUUUCUGGCGAAAAAAACGUUAGCAACGUGAAGAAUAACGAAGUUGAAACCAUCGCAACAACUACCACAGAAGCAACAACAACAAUUACCAUAGAAGUUAUGCCUGACGAAAUAAUGAGCGAAAUCGAAAAACCAAAGAGUACACCAAUCAUGAGGCCUACUGCCAACAACUCUACACUCAGACGCCAAGCGUUCAACAACAGAUUAAAACGAAAACGUCUCAAACAAAAAAGUUCUACAACAGAAAAUCCGUCGGACGAUUUGAUGAGGAAUUUCCUUGGAAUGGCGAAUUUGGUAUCAGCUUCACAAUUUAUAGAAAGGACUCAGAAACCAAAUACGACUCUCAAAAUGGAUAAUACGGAGUUUGCGACGGAAUUAGAAGAUUUCCUGACAACAGAGACGCCGCCGGUAACUGUUGAAGGCGGAGUAAAAUCUAAUUCGAGAUUUACGACUUCAACCACGCCUAGAAUUCUUGCACAUACAAGUAGUACAAGCACUACGGAACAAACAGCGAAAUUUGAAAUUCAGGAAAUAUUGAAUGAUAAAAUGACCAAAGAAAGACUAGCAAAAAUACUACGAGAGCGAAACAUGACUCUAAACGAGUUAGUGAAUCACAGAGAGCGGGGCUCAAGCCACGUGCACCUAGCCGACAUUUUCCACAACGCCUCCAAAGAACCCAACCCUCCUGAACCAUUCUUAACAAAAUCUUCUAUUGAACCUAUAUCGAAGGAAACGUAUCCAUUGCGCGCCAUCUUAGAAGCCAACACUUACGAAACAACAACUAGAUCCGUAUCGUCGCAGGCAGAACAAAAGAAUAUACAAAUUCCAGUGGUUAUGAACUUUGGAAAUAAUGUCAAUGAAAAUGGAGAAAGCAUGGGUAUCAUAUCGUUAUUCAACAAAAUAGCUGAGAAUGAAGAAACGAUAGAUAAAACUGAAAUAAGAAAGGAUUCAGACGGAACGCCGUAUGUAAGCUCGAUUAUUAGUGUGAAUGACACAAACGCUAACGAUACAAAUAGGGAAAGCAGAGCAAUGGGAGACAGUGAAGAUUGGAACGAACUACUGUCGUUUAUGAAGGCGCACAACAUUAGUACAUUUGAGGAGGACUUACAGGUCCUGGACAAAGGAAACAAGGAAAAGGAAUCUCUAGAAAACUUGGAUGAAGACGGUUCGAUGAUCUUAGAAGACCUUCGGAACCCCGAAAACUUCCAAAGUGGCGUAGCAUCCGGUUCGGGCGAAAAUGUAGAAAUAAACAUACAGGGGAAAAGAGAGAAUUUAUCAGAAAAUCCAGGUAUUCUUAAUAAGUUACCAAACAAUACAAGGUCUGUGGCUAUUGCUACAGCCAGUAUACUCGGUCUGGCUGCAAUACUCUUCUUAUUAACUUAUAUAGCGUUUAAAUGGAAACAGCAAAGAAAUAAGUUGAGAAAGAAGGAAAGCUUUUGCGAUGGACCGAUUCCUACGCCAGUUUUCGAGAACAGAAAGGGUAAUAAAACUAACUGCAGUAGCCGAAGUAUUAGUCCCAUGAUUUCUAAUACUAAUAUUUAUAUGAGCACUUUAGACACUAAUAGCGGGAAGGAGUCGCCUGACUAUAUGUGGAAUUCUCUGAGAAAACCAUUCCAGUAACGUUUUCUAAUAAGCAUAGACUGAAAUUCUAAGAUAUGUUUUAUAAUGAACCAUAAUCUUACAGACGAUGCUUAAUAUAGUUUUAAAUUAAAUAGUGAGUGACCUGAUAUUAUUAGUAAGGGAUAUUGUAUAACUCUUCAAAUUAAUUAAGAUUGAUUUUUUUAGGUUAGACUUGCACAUGCAUUUUUAUUUUAUAAGAAUGUAGGAUGUUCAUGUCAUGCACAAAUUAGGUAAAUGUUUGUGGUAUCAUAAUUAUAAUACUAGUACCUACUAUUUUAGACUGAGGACGGCUACAUACAUUCGAAUUCCUUUCUAAAACUCCAUACCCGAUAAUCACAAGAGCAUAGUUGUAACCAAUUUUAGUAAAAUUAUGUCAGAAUUGCGCAUCACACUAUAUAUAUAGCAGAAGCAAAUAUGUAGUCAAACAAUGAGUAUUAAAAAUGCUGAUAUGAGGCGCCAUUGCAGCCUGGCCAGAAGCCCUUAACUGUCGAUUAAUAAUGCAAGAUUAAUUAUUUAUCUCCUUUUAAUAAUUCCACGCUAUAGGAGCAUUCCACGGCCUGUCCCGUACAAACGCAUUUUAUUUCCUGUGUUGCGACUUUUUUUUUCGGCAUUUAAAGCAGGCGAUUAUUUUUCUGCGCAUAUUUUAGACCAUUUGUCAUAGAAAAGGAAACUCUUAUACCUGCAAAUCUUCAGAGAAUUCGCGUUUGUACGGGACAAACGGUAGACAAUUUGGAAUGACACAUGGAAUGCUCCUAUAGCAUGCUCAGAAUGGGCGCAUGCCGUUGUAAAGUCAAGUGUAAAAAUAUGGGUGCACAAAUCAUACUGAAAAAUAUGUCCCAUAGCUCUUAUGUCUGCGAAUGAAGAACUAUGAGACAUAUUUUUGAGUAAGUUGUCUACAUCCAUAUUUUUACACUUGACUUGCACACAAAUACCUAUAGGAUAAAUUUAAUUUACAAAGUUUGUCAUUGCAAAUUUUAUCGUUUAUUCAGCCAUUAAGGUUGAAAUAGGAAUUUUAUUGUGAAAAUUGAAUGAAUGUGGCUGCACUGAAGUAAUAGGAAUAAUAAUUUAUUAGCUGUUUAUAAAAAAAAACAUGUUCUUAACUGCAAGAAUAACUAACAAAAACGUUUUAUCACCUAUUUAUUAUUUAUUACUUUUCAGUAUUAUGUGGCAUGGUGCAAUGUGGCAUAUAAGUUGUUUUUUGUUUUCUAUUUUUGUAUCUAAAAUAAAACUGUAAUAAAAAAGUAAAAACUA